ACUCACUCACAGACCUCUUUUUUUCUCAGUAUUAUUCGGUAUCUGAAAAUAAAUAGAGAGUCUCUUCUAGGAUACAUAAAAUAAACCUUUUCAAUAUGUAAAUAUAAAACACGUGUUUUAUAUUUACGAUUUUAGGGUUUUAUGACUUUUUAUUUAAGGUUAAGAGAAGUUGUUAUUACUUCUUAUUUAGUAGAAGUGUAGAACGUGAAAAUUUGUGUGUUUUUCAAAAAAAACUUCGAAUUAAAAGAGUUUCUGUUUGGGAACCGAGAAAAUUUUCACAGAGAGAGAGAGAGAGUGAGUGAGUGAGUGAGUGAGUGAUGCUUGUGGUUGAGGAAUGGAGAUGGUGAAUCCGCAGCCACUGCAAGUGAGGCCAUUGGAGGAGGAGGAGAGAGAGAACCAUCUUGUUCAGGUGCCGAUAGAGAUGGACGGAGACGAAGGUGGAUCCGAAUACGAGUACAUGAAUGGAAGAAGUGCUCAGCACGAGGCUAUGAAUGGUGGAGGAGUAGGAGUUGGAGUUGGAGGAGGAGGAGGAGUAGAAGUGGAGGCUCGUGCCAGUGGUUCUGCUUCUGCUUCGGCUUCGGCUUCUCGCACGAGCGAGCUCACCAUCGCCUUCGAAGGCGAGGUCUACGUUUUCCCAGCGGUUACGCCUGAUAAGGUGCAGGCAGUGCUACUACUACUGGGGGGUUGUGACAUACCCAAUAGUGUCCCUAGCUCUCAGUUUCUGCUACAACAAAAUAGCAAGGGUAUAGGUGAGACCUCACGAGGUUCGAAACUUUCACGAAGGAUUGCAUCUCUUGUUAGGUUCCGUGAAAAGCGGAAAGAGAGAUGUUUUGAAAAGAAAAUCCGGUACACGUGUCGAAAAGAGGUUGCUCAAAGGAUGCAUCGUAAGAAUGGGCAGUUUGCAUCAUUGAAGAAUUCAUUUAAAGUAGCUGGUGAAAACUGGGAUUCAAGUGAUGGCACACCUUGUCCUGCACCUAUUUUACGUAGAUGCCAACAUUGUGGGAUUAGUGAAAAGUCUACUCCAGCGAUGCGUCGGGGGCCAGCUGGUCCAAGAUCCCUUUGCAAUGCUUGUGGGCUGAUGUGGGCAAACAAGGGAACCUUGAGAGAUCUUACAAAAGCUGGAAGGACUAUUUCUUUUGACCAAAAUGAACCUGAAACUCCAGCUGAUAUUAAGCCUUCAACCAUGGAACCUGAGAAUUCCUAUGCCAAUCAGGAUGACCAGGAUUUCCUGGACGUUGCUGAAGCUGUUACCGAACAUCUGUCCAUCCAAUUGGAUAAUCCAUCCAUUGGCCUUGAUGAGCAGGAAACUCUUGAUGAACUUGCAAAUGCUUCUGGGACGGAAUUUGAGAUUCCUGAGAAUUUUGAUGAUCAGGUUGACAUCGAUGAUUCCAGCAUGGUGACUGACUGGCCAAGGAGUUGAAGAAAAUGCCAUGUGCCCAUAAUAUGAUCUCUAGUAAGUGCAUAUGGUCUGUUCUUGACCGGGUUGCUGGUGCAUUGCUUUUUUCAACUAACAUUAGAUAUCCCAGAUAUGUUUUUAUGUUCAUAGACAGAUUUCCCUUGUGGAUGCGAGUUGUACAACACAGAUUUUACUUGUGAGUCGCUGUACAUCAUAUUGAAAUCAUAUAAUGUGAAUAAGCUGUUCCUUUUUCCUUCUCUUUUGCCACUCUCGUUUGAUGGAACUCUAGAUAUCUUUGGCUCUGUCAUUUGUCAAGAUUUUUGUUAAUUUAUAUUUAUAUUUAUAUUUAUUU